ACAGCUCUGGGAGGUUCGACCGGGCAGGCAAAUUGGACCCAGAAAGUCAAGGAUCGACCAUGCCGGGACACAGCUCACGGAUGCGGGUCCCUGUACAGGAACAGAUCUGGGAUUUGCAGAAAAAAAUCCAGCUCUUGGAGGGUGAUCGUAAGGCUUAUUAUGAAACAUCGCAGGAUAAAAUCAAGAAAAACAAGGAGAACAUUCAACAGCUGAGACAAGAGAACAAACAACUGCAUAAAGUAUUGGCAGGAACAUUGUUGAGUGAUGAGAAACUUGACCAGGUUUCAUUUCAAGAUCAUCAUGAGAAAAUGGCGCUGAGAAACAAGAGUGGGAAGGAUGUCGUAAUAGUUAUGGAUCAGAAGGUUUGUGACAAGUCUAAGCGCCUAAAUGCUCUUAAACAUGAGACAGAAAUGAAGAAGAAACAUCAGAUGAAUCUGGAUCUACAGUACACUAAGCUCAAGGGGGAGGCUGCCUUCCUGCAGGAGGUGGAGGAGAACACAUCAGAGGAAGCACAGACCUUGAGGCUGCUAGAGAAUCGACUGGAGAAAACGCAGCUGAAAUGUGUUGAGGCCACACAUGUGAUGAAGGUGUAUCAACGACUUAAGGCCCAUCUGCAGGAGGAGAGCGUGACCUUUCAGAAGCAACUGGACACGUUGGAAACUGAGAUCCUGCAACAACGACAACAGCUGAAGGAGCUGCAGGCCAUGAACACAGGUGCUCAACUCUCUCGUGACGAAGCCAAGGGUGAGCUCCGUCAGCAGGAAGAGGUUAUGCAUAAGGAACGUCGGGAACGGGAAAAGAUCCUCAGUGAGUACAAGAAGCUGGCCGAGGAGAAGAGAACACAAGCAGAACGUGCUGAACGACGGGCUUUGCGAGCAGCUGCCCACUCCGACGAGCUCCACUUCGAUCGCCCGGAAACUGCGGAAACUGCAACCGAGGAGAGGUCCAACAACACUCUAGAAGAAUCCUUCCAAUACAUUAAAGCAGUUACUGGCGUCACUGAUGUCCAGGACAUUGUGAAACACUACAUACUACAGGGAGAGACUCUGAAGCACUUGCAGCAACUGGAGCUGGAGAAUAAGGACCAGUUGGUACAACUGAAGGUGGAGAAGGAGAGGCUGCAAGCACAAUAUGAUCACAUGAAAUAUUCUGGUGAAACCAAACUCUCCAGCGAGCAGAAAUUGUUAACAGACCUGCAAGCUCACCUGGAGGAUGAGAAAAAUCGACGGGAUAAAUCGAUAGAGCAUCUUGAAUAUGUCAACCGCAUCAUUCUGUCCACUAAAGCUGGCAUGGAGCACAUCUCUGACAAGAUGCAACACAUGCAAGUUUCUCAGGAUAGUAUUGGCACCGUGGCCCUGAUCUCCAGCUCGGAGGAGUAUGUGUUGGACCUGCUGUCAGUGACGGACGAGAAGCUGCUGCAACUCUAUCAGCAGCUGCGCACCCUUGAUCUGCACAAGAUGCUGCAGCUGAUGGAAGAAGAAGAGUUCCAUGCCAGUGUGGAAGGCAAAUUGCCACCGUACAACAUGAGGGUGAAGCUACCAGCUGCCCAAAAGCUGGACGUGUACGAGGAUGCUGACGAGGAUGAAGAUGCUGAUGAAGACAAUGACAGUGGAGACAAUACUGGUGACAUUAUUACACGAGCGAUGUUGAAGAGGCAGUCGCAGCAGAUAGUUGACUGGAAGACCAAGAAGAAAUCCCGCCCCAGAAGGAAGAAGGCAAAGCACAGAUCGGCUCAGGAGGGAAGCCCAGCGCCCCUUCCCAUCCUUGCUCGUUAGUCCUGUCUGUUGUAACUCUGGCUCCCAACUUGUAGGUAGUUUGUAACAAUUCAGGAAGGGUGGCCAGAAGGAUUGACAGAACUAUUUGCAGCACGUGUUUUCUGAAUAGAUGCUAGGUUAGAAAUCACUGGGCAGUAUUUUGAAACAAGCACUAGAUUAGAAUCCCACUGUAGAGCAAUAAAUAGAGCCAUCUCUCUCUCUCCCUCUCCUUCUCCCCCUCUCUCCCUCUCUCCCUCUCUCCCUCUCCAUUCACCCUCUCUCUCCUUAUCUCCCUCUCUCUCUCUA